AGGUAGAUAUCCGUAAUGCGGUGCUGUUUUACACACAAAUACGAAUCUGAUGAGUUCCACAUGGCAUUGCAAAAUGUAGUAUCUCAAGGAGCAAAAGGGAUAGUAAUAAAUGACACAGCGAGAGAGAGAGAGAGAGCGCACUCCUCUAUAGUUGCUGCUGCUGCCGCGUACUCAAGUGGUAUUCCCUCCCAUCUCCAAACCACACGUCACCACAGCAAUCUCUCCUCCCUCUCCUUUCCCAAGAACAGAAGAGUUCUUGCACCUGCAGAUCGAGCCGAGGGAGACAUGGCGAUGUUCAGGGCGGUCGCGUCGGAGCAGCUCAAGCUGCUGUGCCUCGUCUUCCUGAUGGGCAACUCCACCUCCUUCCGCGCGCUCCCGCCGGACCCGGCCAACGCCUGCGAGACGGAGCUAUACGCCCGCGUCGGCAUCACUCAAUGCCUCCUCUUGGCCGCCGCCUACACCGCCGGCAUGCUCCUCCUCGGGGUAAUAAUGCAGGUGGACAACACCGCGGCCGGCGCCGAUGGCACCAAGGGCAUCGCCUCCGUCGCCGCCGGGUGGAAGAGGGCGGCGCUGCGCGGGAUGCUCCUCCUCGCCAUCGGCCUCUCCUCCGCCGCGUCCUUCCUCGCCGUCGCCACCUUCGAGGACGGUUUCCGCUACCGCAUCGGAUGCGCCACUGCAGGGACGGGCCCCCGCUCCCCGCUGGCCAUGGUAAUGAUGGUGGUCAUGGCGCUGGCGCACGGCGGAGCGGCGUGGCUUGCCGCCGUGUCCCAGAACUAGAGGCCGUGCAUGCAGGGACCCGUGUGUUGCAGCCAUUCAGUUGUAUGUACGUAGUACUCGCGUGUUUAGCCGGUCAGGUGUCCCAGGUCAAGAUUUAGCUCCGCUUCUGCUGCUUACUAGUACUGUGGAGUAAUGUGGCAUGUUCAUGUGAGUUGUGAUA